UUCUUUGGCGAGGACGCGCUGUCGAAAUUGCCGCUGCCCAAUCGCCGAAAUUCUCAAACCUGCUGUCUACUUCGAAGAGGACGUCCUUCUCUUCUCAAAAGGUUCCUGGAGGGAAGCAGCCAGUUCCGGACUCUCAAUCUCUCUGCAAGGAGUAAAGCAGCUGUCAAUCGUAUGAAACCUUAGAGAAACGUUGGAGAAGCGUAUACUACAACGGCGCCCAGACCGCCGAGAAGAUUGCCAUCCCAUAUUUUCUCGUCGUCGUCCAAGUUUCCUCAAUCGGGUUUCGACAGUAUGCUCGUACCAGUUGUCUCGGCAGCUUUGAUCGGAGCAGCGGUCACUUACGUCGCUCUCAGGCCGCGCCAAGUCAAGCAUGCAGUUACAGUGCUACUCAGCCUGCCAAAACGUGUCUUCAAUGCCCUUCUACGUCAAUGGGAGCAUGUGAAGGGUUGUCAGCAGCAGACUCACAAUAUUAACCCCGAGCUACGAGUUCGCGAAAUUAACGUCUCGGAUGAGGAGCUCGACGAAGACCGUGGCCAACGAGCAGUGACGGAGACCGUACGUCAAGAAAACCUCGAGACGGCCAGUCAUCAAGAUGAGGACAUUGGCAUUCGCAAGCCAGUGUCUCAGCACGAGGAUGUACCCAGUGUUGACGUCAAAGAACCCAGCCAGGACAUUGCCAUCCUCCAGGCAUUGUCCCAAAACGAGAAAAUACUCACUGUCGGCGAAGAAGCUGAGGACAUCGCCGCGAAGUUAACGCAAGCGGAAGACAUAAAGGGUGCUGCUCAAUCUCUCGGAAAGACAUCCCUCGAGGAAGAGGUAGUCGUACCACUUCCAAAAGAGCUGUUGCCCAACUGCGAAGAUUACUUUGAAGAAGAGAUAGAGGAUGAGGAUGAGGAUGUGCUUGAAUGCAGCGCAUGCGGAGAAAAGCAGGCCCGAAACAUGUACUCCCGCCGCCAACUGGGCUUGAAGUACAAACGCAAGUGCAUGCCGUGCAUCAAGAGCUACGAGCUCUCUCGAUCGUCCGAGGAGAAGUCAGUAUAUAACGAGAUCAACGGUUACGUGGGCGAAGCUGCAAUAGCCAUUGAAGUCUCGGCAGCGAGUCCUUACUCUGUCAAAGAAGCAGCGCUCCCACUUUACAAAACUUGGAGAGACAUCAAAGACCCAGAAGUGCGCCGGCCGAAAGUCAAGGAGGAACAACGAGUUGCGCAGUACUACCAGCGAUAUGUUGUAGAACCCAGCAAACAUGCGCAAGAGAGCGGAGGAGGCCCUGGAUGGGGAGACGACGCAAAAGGAAGUUUCGAGACCGCUGAAGAAGCUGGAAGUGACGACGGGAAAUGGGCAAACCCGCAAUGGUUUCUGGAUCCUUCGGAGGCUCCGCCUCCAAUCCCGGAUUGGGAGGAUGUGAAGGAGAAUUAUCAAUUCGCGCGAGCGGCUGAGCCGGAGACAAAGUAAUGUGGGAACAGCCAUAGCAUUCAGGCGUACGACUUCAAUUGAAUGUGAGGGAGAGCGGCGUAGUAUUCGAAGGCUAGUAUAUGUACGUCUGUUAUAAGUAGUUCGGAGUCCAAAUGAAUAGGAAGUCGAAAACUAAAAUGUUGGACCCAUGCUUAUUGACACGGACGCAGUCACCGC